UUCUCAGCAAAACUCACACCCACAAGCCCUCGAGCUCUCAACUACAAUUCGAAGUCUAUUAGGAUACUAUACGACGGAAUGGCUGAUGCUGCUAAAUUUUCAUUAUUGAUACAGAUUCUUCUAAUAACUCUUUGUUCACUUAGCCUGCUUUGCACAGCCUUCACUACUCAAGAUUAUACUGAUGCUCUUGAAAAAUCCAUCCUAUUUUUUGAGGGUCAGCGGUCAGGAGUGUUGCCGCCUAACCAGAGGCUCAAAUGGAGGGGCAAUUCUGGGUUGUCUGAUGGCUCUAGUUAUCAUGUGAACCUAGUUGGUGGAUACUAUGAUGCAGGAGAUAAUGUCAAAUUUGGCCUUCCUAUGGCCUUUACUACUACAUUGUUGGCAUGGAGUGUCAUUGAAUUUGGCACCUCAAUGCAUAACCAGAUUGAGAAUACCAAAGCUGCCAUCCGCUGGAGCACUGAUUACCUUUUAAAAGCAGCAACUGCCACCCCCGGCACCCUCUAUGUUCAAGUUGGAGAUCCGAACUUGGAUCAUAAAUGCUGGGAGAGGCCUGAAGACAUGGACACACCACGCAAUGUGUACAAAGUGACCACUCAAAAUCCUGGAUCCGAUGUAGCUGCAGAGACAGCUGCUGCGCUGGCUGCUGCAUCAAUUGUUUUCAAAGAUUCUGACCCUUCUUAUUCUUCCAAAUUGCUUCAAACUGCAAUGAAAGUAUUCGAUUUUGCGGACAGGUACAGAGGUUCUUACAGUGAUUCUCUCAGUUCAGCAGUCUGCCCAUUUUAUUGCUCUUACUCGGGGUACCAGGAUGAGCUUCUCUGGGGUGCAUCCUGGAUUCAUAGAGCCUCACAGAACGGCUCAUACUUGGCCUACAUCCAGUCAAAUGGUCACACAAUGGGUGCUGAUGACGAUGACUACUCUUUUAGCUGGGAUGACAAGCGAGCUGGGACAAAGAUUCUUCUUUCCAAGGGAUUCUUAGAUAAACGAGUAGAAGAAUUUCAGGUAUUUAAAGCACAUUCAGACAACUACAUAUGCUCCCUAAUUCCAGGAACUUCUAGUUUCCAGGCCCAAUAUACCCCAGGAGGCCUUUUCUAUAAAGCAAGUGAAAGUAAUCUACAAUAUGUAACUUCGACAUCUUUCCUUCUCUUGACAUAUGCUAAAUAUCUUAGCUCCAAUGGAGGAAUUGUCACGUGUGGAGGUUCGACAGUAACAGCUGAAUCACUGAUAUCACAGGCCAAAAAACAGGUGGACUACAUUUUAGGUGAUAAUCCAGCAAAAAUGUCUUACAUGGUGGGUUUCGGAAACAGGUAUCCUCAACAUGUGCACCACAGGGGCUCCUCCGUACCAUCUAUACAUGCGCAUCCAGGGCGCAUUUCCUGCAACGAUGGCUUCCAAUACCUCUACUCUAGUUCACCUAAUCCAAAUGUCCUGAUUGGAGCCAUAAUAGGUGGUCCUGAUAAUAGAGACAAUUUUGCAGAUGAUCGAAAUAACUACCAACAAUCCGAACCUGCUACAUACAUCAAUGCACCAUUUGUUGGUGCAGUUGCUUUUUUCUCAGGAAAAAACUGAGGGAUUAGUAUCCCUCAAAUAUAAUAUAAUAUUGGAUUAUAUACUGUCA